AUGGCUGAAGACGAAGUGCUCUUUGACGAUGUGUACGAACUGUGCGAAACAAUUGGCAAAGGACCAUUUAGCUUGGUUCGGCGGUGUGUCCACAGGCAGACAGGCCAACAGUUUGCCGUAAAGAUUGUGGAUGUUGCCCGGUUCACUGCCAGUCCGGGUUUAAGCACUGCAGAUUUGAAGAGAGAAGCCACAAUAUGUCAUAUGCUGAAACAUCCUCAUAUUGUGGAACUCCUUGAGACAUACAGCUCGGAGGGCAUGCUAUAUAUGGUUUUUGAAUAUAUGGAUGGAUCUGAUCUUUGCUUCGAGGUAGUUCGCAGAGCCACUGCUGGUUUUGUCUACAGUGAAGCUGUAGCCUGCCACUACAUGCGUCAGAUACUAGAAGCGUUACGCUACUGCCACGAGAACGACAUAGUUCAUCGCGACGUACGUCCCCACUGCGUACUGCUAGCGGGCAGAGAUAACUGCGCCCCCGUCAAACUGGGAGGAUUUGGAGUGGCUGCACAAUUACCCACGCCCACUUCCAAUAGAGCACCACCGGAAUUGGUGAUGGACAAUCGACCGCUAAUGGGCCCAUUGGGCCAAGCGUAUCUGAAAUCAGACGAGUAUGGUCGUAUCGGAACACCUCACUACAUGGCUCCUGAGGUGGUCUCCAGCCAGUUGUACGGGAAGCCGGUGGACGUUUGGGCCGCGGGUAUUCUUCUCCACGUGUUGCUUGUGGGAUACUUACCCUUCACUGGCACUAGGGAGAGGCUGUUCGAAGCUAUAUGCCGCGGCAGGUUGAGGUUUGACGCUCCAAUGUGGGACGACAUCAGCGAUGCGGCCAAGGAUUUGGUACAGCGCAUGCUCACCGUUGAUCACUCCCAAAGAAUCACUAUUCAAGAUGUCUUGAACCAUAGAUGGAUCCGGGACCGCGACAAGCAAAACCGUAUCCACCUAGCUGCCACCGUAGAGGAAUUGAAGAAAUUCAACAGUCGCCGUAGACUCCGCGCCGCUACUUUAGCAGCCGCUGCAGCCGACGACGAAGAAGACGAGGAACAACCUAACCGUCGCCAGGCCUUACUGGAGGAAGCUAAUGCUGCGGCUGUCAACUUGGUGGUGGAAUCCUUGGACGACGUGGCUGUCCUUCAAGACGGGCCGAUGUUUAUGGAUCCCGAUCUGUUCCACAGCGUGCUUGAUGAUCUUCAACUUAGAGCUUUGCUGGAAGUAUACGACCGCAUAGCGUGCACCGUGGUAGUGACCAGCGGCCGCGCCCCCGCAGCUGAGGGCCGUCAGCGAUGCCGGCAAGCAUUAGAGGCGGCCACGAGACUGCGGCACUCCGGCCCCGGGCCCGCCGCCGCAACACCGGCCACUGCCUCCGCCGUCCACGAGGCGAGGCGACUGCUCGCGUUGCCGCAUAUCAAGAUCGAUUCUAAAGCAAGCCUUAGGUGCGGCCACGAGACUGCGGCACUCCGGCCCCGGGCCCGCCGCCGCAACACCGGCCACUGCCUCUGCCGUCCAUGAGGCGAGGCGGCUGCUCGCGUUGACGCAUAUCAAGUUCUUUUGUUCGUGCGUCAAAGAAGACGUAAUUAGAGGGUAUAUGGGUAACAAAAGCGUUUUCGGGCAUGAUAUGCCUUACUUAAAAUAGAUCGAUUCUUAAGCAAGCCUUAGAGGCGGCCACGAGACUGCGGCACUCCGGCCCCGGGCCCGCCGCCGCAACACCGGCCACCGCCUCCGCCGUCCAUGAGGCGAGGCGGCUGCUCGCGUUGCCGCAUAUCAAGCAAGCCUUGAAGGCGGCCACGCGACUGCGGCACUCCGGUCCCGGGCCGAGGUGCGUCAGUCGGUUCCCGUACAAACGGUCUAUGAUCACCUUUUUAACCUCUUUCUAUUCCGAGAUGUUCGCUUGGUAGUCAAAACGCAUGAGCGUGUAUUUUUACUCAGGACUGUCACCGCGAGCGAGUGGCACACACUUGUUUACAGUCCAUCAAUAAGACUAUCGCUACGUACCCUUAGCACGAACCACUAUCAAAAUCGAACUAUUCGCUAGUGAGAAAUGUCACAGUCAAUUUUUGUAUGGAAACUUAAACAGCGGCGACACAAUGGACGCAACAAGCACUAAAAAUCAGUACACAUGUGACUAUAGAAAGUUCGAAUUCUCAGACACCCGCUUCCCGCUGCUCGCCAACUCGUUUCUAGUUUCUAGCUUCUCCUUUAUAUCCUUUAUAGGUUCUUUUAUAUCCUUCAUAGGUUUGUCGUCUGCGGGUUCGACAGACGACAAACCUUUCCUAAUCGUAUCACAACAUAACGAGUUUCAGGUACGAAAUACUGUCAGUCUUACUUAUUUCACUUUCUCUGAUUCUGCUAUAUAUCAUGAUUGUGAGUGUGUUAGUAUUCAAUAAGGAGUACGAAAAAUUUGUCCUAUAUGUGUUAUUAAGCCCUACAUCUAAUUAUUU